AUGCUGCUCGUUAAGUUCCCUUUAACUUACUCUGAGAAACUUUUGCUGGCUCUGCCAGCUCAGGAAUGCUCUCCUGAAGGACACCAGCUUCUUCAGAGCCCUUAUAGAAGUAUCCACUUUGACUCGUUGCACCUCCAGCAGUCAGCCAUUCAAGGCCUGAUAUGUGACCAUUCCCUCUCUCCUGGGUGGUACCGAUUUCUCAUCUUUGGGAGACAUGCUGAGAUGCCAACCAAAUGCGUUGAGAUGAACCACUGUGGAACACAGGCCCCCAUCUGGCUGUCUCUGAGAGAUGCAGAAACACUGCCUCUGCCUGGGGAGAUCAAGCAACUGACAGCUUGUGCCACAUGGCAAUUUUUGUUUAGCUCUACAAAAGACUGCUGUCUUUUUCAAAUCCCAGUGUCUGUAAGAAACUGUGGAAACUUUUUUGUGUACUUGCUACAACCCACUCAGGGAUGUAUGGGAUAUUGUGCAGAAGUUAUUUCUGAUGCAAAAUUACAACCAUGUGACCCUGAUGAAAUUGAAAUUGGAGGUGACUGUGUUCGUCAGCCGUCUGCCUCAUUACCACCACCACCUCCAAGAAGGCCAGAGAUUGUGGUGGAGUUGAUUGAAUCCAGGGUUUUCUGUAGGUGUGCUUUUGAUGUUUCGCCUACAAACAAUUCAGUGGGAUUUCUCAUAAACUGGUAUAGACUUUCUUCUCAAGAAAUCAAACAGGAGGUGAAGCAAGAGACCACAGUUCAGACAUUCUCUCUUUUAGAACUGGAUGGUAUAAAUCUCAGACUUGGAGAUAGGAUAUUCUGUAGUGCUUCCAUGUUUUUCUUAGAGAAAACAUACAUACACAGUAUAGCUAUUGAAAGUCAAGAAUUUUUUGCAGGCAUUAAGUUGCAACCUGAAUUGAGCACUAUAUCAGAAGAUGGGAGAGAAUACCAGUUGAAAAUAGAGAGCACAAUUCCUAUUGAUUGUUCUGAAUUCAGUACACUUGAUCAAGAAUGCAAAAUCUCAUUAAAACUGAAAACUGUUGAUCAAGGUAAACAACAACUGGGCUUAAAUUUGGCACUGUCCUCAUGUCAUGUGGAUCUUCGCCCAACAUCAUCCUGUGCUAAUGGAACCUGUAGCCUUGCUUUUGUACACUACACAGCUGUAGCAGACUUUUCUCAAGAUGGAGACAGAGUUACAAGCAUUGUAGUGGAACCUAUAGUUAAUGAGGAUUUCCUGUGGAACAGCUACAUUCCAGACAGCAUCCAGAUCAGAGUGAAGGAUGUGCCCACUGCUUACUGCUACUCAUUUACUGACCCACAUAUAAUUACAUUUGAUGGCAGGGUAUAUGAUAAUUUCAAGACUGGAACAUUUGUGCUUUAUAAGAGCACAUCACGUGAUUUUGAAGUCCAUGUACGUCAAUGGGACUGUGGAAGUCUACACCAUCCUGUGUCCUGUAACUGCGGGUUUGUUGCCAAAGAAGAAGGUGAUGUAGUUACUUUUGAUAUGUGCGGUGGUCAGCUACAUGAAUCACAGCCAUAUUUAUUUGUAAAGAGACAAGAUGUAACCAGCAAUAUCAAGAUAAGUGAAUCUUACCUAGGAAGAAAAAUCACAAUCUGGUUUUCUUCUGGAGCAUUUGUGCGUGCCGAUAUGAGUGAAUGGGGUAUGAGUUUAACAAUCAGAGCUCCUACCUUGGAUUACAGAAACACUUUGGGACUUUGUGGCACUUUUGAUGAAAACCCAGAAAAUGAUUUCCAUGAUAAAAAUGGGAUCAAAAUUGAUAAAACUUUUAAUAACUGUAAUGCCUUUAUAAAUGAAUGGAGGAUUUUACCAGGAAAAAGUAUGUUUGACACAAUGCCAGUUUCUCUGCCAUCACCUGAAAAACACUCUUAUUAUAGCUGCUCACUGGACACUACUUCAUUGUAUCCAUCUCUAAAUCAUCUAAGCAGUGUUUCUCAAUCAGCAGUUAUUUCAGCCUGCAAAGACCUCAGACAUGUCAAAUUCUUUUCCUUAAUACCAGAUCUAGAUGUCACCUCUGAAUAUAUAUAUUCAGAUGCUCUUUUUAGAGGGAUAAACGAGUAUAUCUCACAAGAAGAAAACAACUUGAAAAUUGUUCCUCAGGAAAAUAAGCAUGUAGACCAAACCAAACUGGACUUAUAUUUGCAAAAACGUCCUCACAAUGAAAAUCAAGAUGGACCAAAAACCUUGGAUGAUGGGAGACAUAUGACAGACAGCCACAGUCAAAAGAAGAGGUGGGAUCGACAAAACAGAAGGAAACGGCGAAACUUUUAUGAGUUUCUUCCACUGUUUGCUUUCCCAAGUCUCAUCAAAAGUGACCUAGAAGAGUUUACUUAUUUCUUCCCUGAAGAUCAUAUUGAGGAUGCCCACCAAGAGUUUGCCCUGACGUGGCCCACACCCUCUGGCCUCAGCGAGCACAGCACCUGGGUCCUGUGUCAGCAGACUCUAGCCAACUCCAGCAUCGGAAGGCACUGUCUCAUUUUUCUUGGCAAGAGACUAGACAGUGUCAUAGAUAUGUGUGUUAAGGAUGUUCUCUUAAAAGAUGAUCUUAGCUGGGCAGAAGCAGGCUUGGCACUUUUAGAAAAUGAAUGUGAAAAGAGGAUGUUGGAAGAGGGAAUAUACAACACAGAAGAAUAUGGUGAGUCGAUUGAAGACAUUCUCUCGGAACUAAAAUGCCCCAAUUUAUGUAGCGGCAAUGGGCAGUGUAUGGAAUGGGGCUGCUUGUGUUCCCCAGGCUUUAGUUCCUAUGACUGCAGUAAUUCGCAUGACAAGGUUCCUGAAAUUAUAGAAGUUGAGAAUGCUGGAUUUUGUAAUAUUCGAAAACAUAAUUGUAUGAUGGUGAGAAUUUUUGGUCAAGGCUUCAAAAAAUCAUCUUCAAAUAAAUGUGAAGUUACUGAACUGAAGUAUAAUGGCAAUAAGUGGGUCCUUGGAGAAACUGUCUAUACCCACACUGUUUUUCAAAAUAGUGGAACUGUUGAUUGUCAUCUGCCCACUGAUAUUCAGCAGUCUGACACCAUGGACCUGAUGGGUGAGAAACCAAUGGCAAAGUGGCAGUUAAAGGUGUCUAAUGAUGGUUAUAAAUUCAGUAAUCCCAAAAUAAUGAUCAUAUAUGAUGGGAUGUGUCAAGUUUGUGGUCCCUAUGAAAAGGACUCUUGUACUAUAAAGGAAAAUGUUUGCAUUAUUGAUGGAUUCUGCUACAUUGAAGGGGAUAAAAAUCCUACCAGCCCUUGUUUGACUUGUAGACCUAACAUUUCAAAAACUACUUGGUCACUUUUACAGAGCAAAAAUUGCCAGGAUGAUGUUGAUGAGUGUGAAUCUAGACCUUGCUUUCCAGAAGUAGAGUGCCUCAAUACCAUUGGUUCCUAUCAUUGUAGGUCAUGUCCAAAAGGAUUUUAUGGUGAUGGAAAAGUAUGCCAUGCUGAAACACAGUUUUUAAACGAAUUUAGUAAACAUGAUGUAGUUCUCACACAGUCUGACAGCCCGAUAACUAAGGAAGAGGAUGGUAAAUAUGGCAGAGAGGGAGAGAGAGUUGUUCAUCCAACAUAUAGAAACGCCUCUGCCAUUUGCAGACAUCCCUGUGGAAAAAGCAGGGAGUGUGUUGCCCCUAACACCUGCAAAUGUAAACCUGGUUACACUGGAUCCAAUUGCCAAACUGCUGUGUGCCAUCCUGAUUGCAAAAACCAUGGAAGAUGUAUAAAGCCUAACAUUUGUGAAUGUCCCCCAGGAUAUGGUGGAACAACUUGUGAUGAAGAACACUGCAGCCCACCUUGUCAGCAUGGUGGCACAUGUUUGGUUGGCAAUCUCUGCACUUGCCCUUAUGGUUUUGUAGGACCAAGGUGUGAAACAAUGGUUUGUAACAGGCACUGUGAAAAUGGAGGUGAAUGUCUUGCACCAGAUGUCUGCCGGUGCAAGCCUGGAUGGUAUGGACCCACCUGCAGUACAGCUUUGUGUGACCCCGUUUGCCUCAAUGGUGGUUCCUGUAAUAAGCCAAACACUUGCCUGUGUCUAAAUGGAUUCUUUGGUGCACGAUGUCAGAAUGCUAUCUGUCUCCCUCCCUGUAAGAAUGGUGGUCACUGCAUGAGAAAUAAUGUGUGUGCCUGUCGUGAAGGAUACAUUGGUAGAAGAUGCCAGAAAAGCAUCUGUGAUCCCAUAUGCAUGAAUGGAGGAAAAUGUAUAGAACCAAAUAUUUGCUCUUGUCCUUCUGGUUGGAGAGGGAAACGAUGCGAUACACCUGUCUGCUAUCAGAAAUGUAAAAAUGGUGGUGAAUGUAUUGCUCCCAGUGUAUGCCAUUGUCCUUCCUCAUGGGAAGGAGUCCAGUGUCAAACACCAAUUUGUAAUCAAAAAUGUCUUUAUGGAGGUAGAUGUGUACUUCCCAAUGUGUGCUCCUGCCGUAGUGGAUAUUCUGGAGUCAAAUGUGAAAAAAAAAUACAGUCUGGAAGAGAAGGCGGAGACCUAGAGGUGGGCUGUUUGAAUGUGGCCACUUGGCAGGUAGUUUGGCUGCUGCAGCUGCUGUUUAAUGUCAAUUUGUCUGGUGCUGUGCUGGGGCAUCAUGGCAGCUCCGUGAGCAUCUCGUGUCUUCUGCUAUCUUUGAACUUUGUUGCUGCUUUGCAGCAGGAACAAGAUGAAGGACAAAACAGUUGUGGAGCAGGUCCUUUACAGUCCAAAAAAGCCACUGGAGUUCCUGAUAUUAAGACUGGGUUCCAGAUAAUAGAAAAUAGGAUGCAUGAGAAGAGCAUGUCCCCUUUUUCUCAGACCACGGUGAAAAGUCUCAGAGUUGGUUCUUCAGAGAGUCAGUUUAGCCAACCAGAAGCUGAUAUCCAGCAGCCAGCACAAAGUGAAAAAUCUCCUGCUGCUAAAGAUUGA